AUGGUUGAAGUUAUAGAUUACAGGGUUUCUAGGAUUUUAAUCCUUUGUAAAGAUUGCGAUCAAGACGUUGGUCUAUACCCUGCCCGUCAUAAGUGUGGAAUACCUUCCUCGGAAGCACCUCUUUUAUCAUCAAUACCGAACAAAUAUCUUUCAACUGGAUAUCCUAAUCCUUCAAAAUCCAACACGCAAUCGAAUAAUAAUAGACAAUCCGAUGGUCUCUGGAAUAAACUUCGAACUGUUCGUACUUGGAAUGAUCCUAACACCGAAGAUGAAAUGGAUAAUCCUCAAGGUACGAAAUUAUGGAAAACGUUGUUAAACGCGGCAACUUCAUAUAAUGAUGAUGGUGAUUCUGAUAAUGAAUCGGAAAAAGAUGAGUGGGAAGGGGAAACUCAUAUUUCACGAAUAUUAAGAGAGUAUUAUGAAGAUAAAGAUGAAUACCUUCCUGAAUGGUUACAUGAUUUAAAUUCAAAUUCAGAUAAUAAAAAUUCGACAAACUUUUCAUCAAAAGAAAAUAAUUAUAGACCACCAAUGAUUACAAAUUUAAAUGAUAAUAAAAAUAGACUACAUUUAAUAGACAAUGAUAUUAGUAAAAACAUUCAACCAAAAAUUUACGAUCGUGAAUCAAUGAAUUAUAAUUCAUCGCCCUUGAUUAGAAGAAAUAAAGACAGUAAUAGGGAUAAUAUUAUGGAUAAAAAUAAGGACAGAAGUAUUCCUCCCCCCAAUGUUCAACAUCAUAAUCAUUUUAAUCAAUCUAUGCCUUCCCUAUCAAAAAACAUAGAUUCAGGAAAAAGCAUUAAACAACAUAUUAAUAAUACUUUGCCUCCGCAACCUUCUUCAAAUGCACGUUUAUCUGAUGCUAGCGGAAGGUUGAAGACAAAAAAAUCCCAUCAUCAAUUACGAACGGGAUCAGGUGGUCAGUUACAUAAUGAAGUUCCUCAUAUCCCUACAAACAGAUCUAAACCUAUGGGUCUUCCCUUUUCCUCAUCUCAUCCACAACAAUAUCACCAACCACCUCUCCAUAACAUGAAAGGUUUUAAUUAUGGCGGUAAUACAUAUGAAGGUGAUGUUCGUGGUAGGCAAGGUGUUCCACCACAUGGUUCCGGUAGAAAUGGGUUGGGUGGUUUCUAUUAA